AUGAAUAGUAAAGGAGAGGCGCGAGACGAUACGAUGUUACUCGGACUCUCGGAGCCCCUUGCCUUGCUUGUUGCACGACGAUUUACCGCGGCAAAGAACGCUGGAUCGCUGGUCUUCUCGCAGACGGAGGUGACUUCACUGCAGUCGUCUACUGUUCCCUUCCAACUCAGAUACUGCCCCGCGUUGGCUGUGAAACCAACGAGCAGCAGCAGCCCUGUGCAGCCGGCGAGCACCACCGCUUCAGAUCCCGCGAAACCAAAGAAAGUUGACCCUUUCGAGAAUCCCCAUACAGACCUCCUGGUAGCUCAGAUACCGGCCUCCGAUCCCACUCAUAUCCUCGUUCUCAACAAAUUCCCUGUUAUUCCAAACCACUUUAUCCUGGCAACGAAAGCCUUUAAACCGCAGACACAUCUUCUAGAGGCCGAUGAUCUCCAUGCAGCAUUUGCAUGCCUGAAGGAAUGGGAAAAGCCGGCGAGUGAGCUGCGUGGUGACGAGAAUGUGCAAGCCGCAAAGCAGCAGAAACGCCUCUUUGCCUUCUUUAAUUCUGGCGAGCACAGUGGUGCAAGCCAACCUCAUAGGCACUUGCAAUUCCUCCCUGUCGAGGACAUGCACCAAGCUGAUGAUGUAGCAAACUGGCAACCUCUAAUUGACGGUGAGAGCAAUUCUGAGGAGCAGGAUAAUUUAGAACAAUUGCAACAACCGAAGCUGCCAUUUGUCACAUAUACCGCACCUUUGUCACCCAAUCUAACCCCGGAGGAGUUGCAUCGAUCGUACCUUUCUUUGUAUGCAAUAGCUGUCACCGCUGCUUCUCAGCAUUCUGAGUCACUUUUAAAUGGAAUUUCAGCCUCAAGGGCCCUGGGAACUGAGGGUGAAGCUGCAAUAAGCUACAAUCUAGCUAUGACAACGUCAAAGAUGAUGAUUUGUCCUCGGAGGAGCGAGCACGCCUGGAUCCCAUUGGAACCGGAGAUGAAGAAAGGUCUAGUUGAUGAGGGACUGGUGAAACUUAAUGGGACCAUUCUCGCAGGAACUCUCAUGGUCAAAGCUGAAGCAGAGUGGAAUACCCUCAGACAGCAGCCAUCCAUGCUAGAAAAUGUACUCAGCACAGUUGGAAUUCCAACCUAG